AGUAAUAAUUCUUUGAAGCUGUAGAAAUAACGUAACUUGUACACCUAUUUACCAUGGUGCCUAGCGGUAAUAGUGAAGAUAACGUCUCUGUUAGUGGUGGUAAAACGGGCCACACUUAUGUGCAGUGGUUGGUCACAAUAUUAGUUGCAACGACGCUUUUGAACUAUGGACUGCAAAGCGGUUGGAUGUCACCCAUGAAGAAAGUCCUACAAUCUAAGGACUCUCCAACUGGGGUACCCUUAACUGACAGUGAAUUGUCAUGGAUCGCCAGUACUAUGCCUGUAGCCGCAGUUUUCGGUGUAUCGCUGUAUGCGUACAUAGCAGACGCGUAUGGGAGGAAAAUAGGCGUUAUCACCAUGGUGAUACCACAGGCGAUAUGUUGGAUAAUAAUAACUUUGCUGUCUACCCACACAGCAGCACUUAUUGUGGCGAGGAUAUUUGCCGGCUUGCCUGCUGGUGGGUGUUUCAACUUGGUGCCAAUGUAUAUCAAAGAAAUAAGCCAGGACAACAUUAGAGGAACACUAGUGGCUCUCUCCAUGAUGUCGCAGAGCAUUGGCUUGCUCGUCAUGUACGCUAUUGGGAGCUACCUAAACUAUUAUGUCGUUCUUUGGAUUGUUCUGUGCGUGCCUAUCAUAUCCACAGUGCUAUUGGUGGUUAUAGCACCUGAGUCACCGGCUUUUCUAGUCAAGAAAGGAAAAACUGAGGACGCCGCUAGAACCAUUUCUAAAUUAAGAGGUUUAGAUAUCAACAGCAAAAUGGUUCAAAAUGAAAUUGAUUUCAUGAAAAAUGAAGAGCACCAUUAUCAAACCAUGGAACAUAUUAAAUUUUGGUCUAUUUUUAAAAACAAAGCUUGGCGUCGCGGCUUUAUCUUAUGCAUGCUGAUCAUGACUGCAUUAGACUUGAACGGUGCCAUGAGCGUGAUGACGUACGCCUGGAGCAUCAUGACGCGCUCCGGCGUCACCGUCAACCCUGAGCUGCAGACCCUGAGCGUGCCUAUCGUCAUGAUCUUGGGCUCCUUCGUGGCUAUCACGUUUGUGGAGAGAUUUGGAAGAAAGCCUCUGUUGAGUGGAGCAUUCGCUGUGUCGAUGGUGGCGUGGCUCUGCCUAGGGAUCGGCCACAUCCUGCAGGAAAACGGCGUGGCCAUCCCGGGAUGGGUGGCCGUCGUGAGCAUCGUGGUCUCUAUAUGGGCGUACGCUGCCGGCGUGCUGCCCGUGACUUAUAUUCUCUUGGCCGAGAUGUUUAAUUUUCAAGUUCGUGCGAAGCUGAUCGGCUGCAUAGUGACGUAUGGGUGGUUCACAUCGGCAGUGCAGCUGGCGGUAUACGAUCCUAUCUCCAACGCCUUCGGGGCCCACACGAUGUUCUUCAUCUUCGCUGCCAUCAACCUGGCCGGUGCCCUCGUAGUGUUGAUAUUCGUGCCCGAAACGAUGGGCAAGAGCGUCGAGGAGAUCGAGAAAAUUUUGUUAGGAAACCGAAAAUAAAUUUCAAUGAAA